AUGAACAAAUUUUUACUUGUUGCACUUGUUGCUUGUUGUAUAUCAUUUACCUACGCUUAAGAUGGUGGAUAUCAUGUUGCUGAGUAUGAAGAAGAGUACCAUGGAUCUGCUUUCAAAGCCGCUAUUCAACGUCUUGCUGAAUUAAAGUUAAUUUCUUCCAAUGGUAUCUUACAUCCUGAGGCAUUUUACUAGAAGAUCGUCAGUGGUGCUCUCUAUAAAUUUGUUAUCAGAGAAGGUAAAAAUGUAUUUGAAGUAGAAGUUUGGAGUUAACCUUGGUUGAAGAAACUUGAAAUUCAAAGUGUUAAGCAAAUACACACUCCCAACUAUUGA